UUACACUUAAUAGCAUUGAAUCAGCCAAAGCGUGGUGAUAUGCAUGGUAUAAGAGGAGCUGAUUACGAGUGCCACAGACAGGCUCGUAAAGCAGGAUUCCGUGGAACUUACAGAGCUUUCUUGUCUACACAAACUCAAGAUGUUGAUUCCAUUAUAUAUAAACUUGAUAGAAAAAUACCAAUAGUUAACAGCAAGGAUGAAAUGAUCUUUAAUUCGUGGGAUGAUUUAGUCAAUGGUGCUGGUGGUUAUUUUAAUAAUAAAUCUACAAUUUAUUCAUUUGAUGGUAAAGAUAUUAUGCAUGAUCCAGCUUGGCCCCAAAAAAUAAUUUGGCAUGGUUCCAAUAGAAAUGGACAACUAAUGAAAGAUGAAUAUUGUAAUAAGUGGCAUUCAAUGAGUCGGAACAAAAUGGGACUUGGUAGUUCUUUAAUGAAAAAUAUGUUAUUAGACAGUGAACAGUAUUCCUGUAAUAAUGCAUUUAUAGUUCUGUGUGUUGAAAAUACAUCUCAACGCAACCUACGAUAA